AACUGUAACCCGGAAAUAAUACUGGACGAACAGGGACGCGGAUUCCAAGAGCUGCUGUUUUUCUUCGAUCAUACACACCGCUAAGUACUCGAAUACAUCAGAAAAUGGGGAGAUAGUAUAUUUUAUAGUUAGUCAAGUUUUUCAGCGUAGUAGCCACCUUUAUUAAGAUUGCGUUGAACAGACACGACACCAGCAUUUGCCACCAGCAUGGCAAACAAUACCAACGCACCUGGGAAGGUCCUGGGCACACCUGGACCCGCUGGAAGACUUAGUCCUGAGGGAAGCCAGGUCCUGAGUAAGAAGAAACUCCAGGAUCUGGUCCGGGAAAUUGACCCAAAUGAGCAGCUUGAUGAGGAUGUGGAGGAGAUGCUGCUUCAGAUCGCUGACGACUUCAUUGAGAGCGUGGUGACAGCUGCCUGUCAGUUGGCUCGCCACAGGAAGUCCAGCACCCUGGAAGUGAAGGACGUCCAGCUACACCUUGAGCGCCAGUGGAACAUGUGGAUCCCAGGCUUUGGCUCCGAUGAGAUCCGCCCGUAUAAGAAGGCUUGCACCACAGAAGCCCACAAACAGAGAAUGGCACUGAUCCGCAAAACGACCAAAAAGUAGCAAGACCCAGGGCCCAUAUGACAAAAUCUUUUUUUCAAACGUUUCUGCUUUCUCUUGGGGUAUCUUAGGGUUGGGAUUGACAAAACAAUUGGUUUAAGGGUGUCUGUGGGGGGGCGGUGUUG